CAGACACACAGGUGAGCAGCAGACAUCAGGAGCACAUUUACUGAACGCUGGACAAGCACAGAAGAAACUCAAACUGAACACAGAACAAGAGCAACUCGACCUGAACUCACAGACUCGCAGUGUGAUGUCUGCAGGUCCUCAAGACUCCAGUGUUGAGCAGCGUCGGCUGCAGAGGAGAGGAGACAACAUGUCGUUUCAGAUUUUCCCGGAGCCGUCGGAGCAGCUGGAGCCGGUGCAGGCGAAGGGCGGUGCGGCGCGGCUGGAGCGUCUGCCCUCCAUCGUGGUGGAGCCGUCGGAGGAGAGCGAGGAGGAGAGCGGAGGACUGCAGUGGCCUCCUCUUCACACACAGGCCUCUGUCGAUGAGGAGGAGGAGGAGGAAGAUCCUUUCCAAGAACACUGUAAGCCCAACAGCGGCGGUCAGGAGGAGCAAACCGAUGCUGACAGGGUUCUUCAUUUUAAACGUUCAUCGAUUCCUUGUAUUCAGAUCGACUACAGCAGACUGACUCCGCCCCCUUCACCGACAUCAUCGCACGCGGCCCCGCCCCGUUUCCGCAGCUGAGCGACAAACACCGAAAUCAUCAGCACAGAUCAUUGGAUUUACACUCAGUCAUCAUACCUGAAGCAUCCCAAAUAUAAGAUUCUAUUCAUUUAAAUCUAGUUUAAAACAACCGCAUGUCAGUUUUACCUUGAAAUGUACAUUUUUAAAAUCAUUCCGAUGAUGCGAAUGGCACGAAAUUCCACGAAAAGAGCGGUUUGCUUUACGGCAGCAACCAACGUAACAAAUUAUGACAGUGUUACCAGAGUAAAUGUAAUCAUUUGAAAGUAGGGGAUCCAAAGUCACAACAAUAGACAAAACCACAUAUAAACGGUUUAAAUGAAUUGUUCUGAGAUUUUGAAAAAAAAAAAAGAGAAAU